AUGUCGCUGUGUCAUUCUUCCGUGAAGCCCGUGACAUCAUCAGCGCUUCGGGUUCUGCUCAGACGACAGCAACAAUGCCCACGGGGCAUCAGACUAUUCUCGUCCUCCCGCCCAGCAUACUCGUCCUCGAAACGUGAACUCCAGACGGCAACCGCUUAUCGACCAUACUCUUUGCCCGAGUCCGUUGUUCCACCUCCCCGGAAUGCGGGCACCCCAGAUACAUCCAUCUCCCAUGCAAUUCCGGGACUAAACACUUCGCCAACAUACCCACCACCGAAGGACACGGUGUCAUCUAAAGAUGAUGGCAACGCUUCCGUAUCAUCUUACUCCUUGCCAGAAAAUGAAGCCCAGAAGUCGCAACCUGUGUCCAGGAGCGGAGCCACACCUCCUUCGGAGACGAAAGCGAAGCCGCGAAAGAGUAAACUACGAGCAAGAAAAGCCGCUGUAUCACUCACACCAACUGCGCUGUCCAAACUCCGAGACCUUGUUUCCCAGCCAGACCCGAAGCUGAUCCGGAUAGGUGUGAAGAAUAGAGGUUGCUCGGGACUCUCAUACCAUCUAGAAUAUGUUGAGAAGCCAGCUCCUUUCGACGAAGUUGUUGAACAGGAUGGUGUUAAAGUCUUGAUUGAUUCUAAGGCUCUUUUCAGCAUAAUUGGGAGUGAAGUGGACUGGCACGAAGACCCACUGAGCAGCCGCUUCGUAUUCAACAACCCAAACAUUAAGGAUGAAUGCGGCUGUGGUGAAUCGUUCAUGAUCCUGAACCUCGCACGUGACAAUAUUACAGAUCUCUGGAACAUCCCACGAGAGGAAAUGGAGGACUUCAACCGACUGCCUCUGGAGCUGGAGUUACUUCUCGCCAUACGAUUUUCCGCCUCUAUACCAGAUAUAUUUCUUGACAUACCCGAUCCCAACAGCACCACUGUCGCAGGGCUUAAGCGUCUAGUUCGCGACAGGCUCCCUCCGGACCUUACAUCGCGGCGCCUUAGACUCAUUCAUGCCGGCAAGUCACUAGACGAUUCGACCUCACUAGCAACACAGAUUAAAGUUGGGAGGAACAGCCAUUUACGUGGUCAUUAUGGGAAUGGCCAACGAGUACCUUCGUCAGGCUCACCUUCGGAGCCCGGUUCAAGGGUAGCGUCUCCUUUCCCGAAAGGCGGAUAUGCCACUUCGAGCUCGUCAUCAACCGUAUCUCAGACUGCGCCGGACCCGUCAGGGAAAGGGAAAGCUCCGGUCCGAGACCAGGGAGAGCCUAGGAUAUAUAUACAUUGUUCGAUAGGGGAUAUAACGCUUACUCCGGCGGAGCUUGAUGCCGAAGCUCGUGCUGCUCGUUCAGGGCAGGAUGUUCUUAAGUUGAAUACCUCUGCUAAUGAUUCCGCGGGUUCAGCUGGUCUGGACAGCUCUGCCGGACCGAGCCGGCUAUUAGACGGGGGUGAUGCUUCGACGACAGGCGGUGAUGGGUCUAAUGUUACUCCUACACCUGCACCACAGGGCUUCGAUAGAUUGUUAUCUGCUGGAUUCACCCCAGCAGAGGUGUCAUCUCUUCGGUCCCAAUUUCUGGCCCUGCUUUCCCUAUCGCAUACUCCGGAUACGUUACCCUCCGGUAUAGAACUGCGCAGAUUAGAAGAUAGAUGGAUGGAUGAUGGGUCAACAGAAGCUGGUGUUGCUGGCUUGGGAGGAAACAACGAAGAUUCAAACAUAUUCGGGGAUAUUAAUACCGAAAACACUGGCGGUAGUGGCCCAUUUGGAUCCGGAACUUCACGAGCACUAGACGAUAUGUUAUGGGGCUCAGUCAUGGGGUUCUUCUGGCCUGUGGGCUGUGCUCUAUGGCUUCUAAGAGAAGAAGGGGUAUGGAGCUGGAGGAAAGGGCUAGCUGUAUUUGUAGGGGUGGUAGUUAAUUUUGGGUUCGGGGCAGUGAGGAUGUUGAGUUGAAGGGUUCUUGAUUGCCUUUCACUACGGUACUGUAUUAUUAUGCCAUCAUGAAAUUUCCUAACUGAAAUGUUUUGAGCGACUGUUGAAAAGUUACUUGAAUAUAUAAGAUUAAUAAGAG